AAAAAUGUCACUUUAUAGGGUGACAUUUCUUUGCACAUAAAACGUCAAUUUAUAUAAAAAAAAAUAAUAACAAAGUUUUGUUUGUGAAAUUGUGAGUGAUUUCAAUUUGUGAAGAAGCCUUUUAUUUUUAUCCCAAAAUUAUUAUUAUUAUGACAAUUCCAACGUUUAUUUAAUCGAAAACUAAACAGUGAAGAAAUGAACGGUUUCAGUACCGGCGAAGAAGACUCGAGAGGCCCCACCGAACAAAUUUGCUGUCUCAUAGACAACAGCGAACGGUGCUCCAAAGUGGCCGGAAACGCUUCGUACAGCAAACGAAUCCAGAAAACCGUCACCCAAAGGAAACUCAACCUUUUACUAGACAACAACGCCCAUCACUUUUACAUUUGCGACUUUCACAAGAUGAUUAUCCAGUGUGCCAGGACAAAACGCAGGAGAAAAGAUUCAGAAGAGGACAGUAAUGAAACUGACACUGAUGUGCCAGAGGUUGACUUGUACCACCUUCAAGUUAAUACUUUGAGGAGGUACAAGAGGCAUUAUAAAGUACCUACCAGGCCUGGACUGAACAAGGCACAAUUGGCUGAUAAUAUCAUGAAGCAUUUCAAGACAAUACCGGUUAAGGAAAAAGAUGUUUUGACCUAUUUUAUUUAUACCAUCAAGACUAAUGGUAAUAAGUUGGACCAGAAAAAUGGUAUUAAUACUAAUGAUAAUAUGUAGGGCUAUAGGGGAGGAAAUAAAGCUUUUUUUGUUUAAUAUUGUACUUAUAUAAGUGUAUUUUUAAUUAUUUAAUUAAUAAUUUUUAUAGUUAAGUGUAAUAAUAAACAAUUAUUAUAUUGAUUGUUUCUUUUUCUUCUUUUUUGGUGAAUUAUUUUUGGGUGUAUUUAAUAUAAUAACGUCCUCUUCUUCACUCUCAGUGUCACCAAUAAUAACAGGCUCAGCUGCAAUUGAAAUUAUUAAUAAAAAAAAAAUUAGUUCCUUAUGAUGUUUAACCUUUGGGAGGUUCAAUGGCAACAACGUCGUCAGAAGUUUCAUCAUCAUCGCUUUCUACAACAUCCCACUCUUUUGGAAUUAGUUCAGCAAUUUCUUCCUUCUUUGAAAUUUUUAUUGAUUCUUCUUCUUCUUGAUCUGUUUCAGUUUUUGUUGGCUUCUUUUUCUUUUUACCUUUGGCUGUGGACCAGUGGUCCAAGCACAAGCUUAGUUCUGAUAAAGGUAAAUCGAUUGGUUGUAAAUCGAAUUUGUGGAAACCUGUGUCUUUCAGUAAAAGCCUAAAAAAUGUGAAGGAAAAAUUGUGAAACUUUCAGGAGGAAAAUUAGAAGCUCAUCAUACUAAAAUUUCAAACUUUUCCAGUGGAAAAUAACAGAAUGAGAAAUUAAUGAAAAUCAACUUGUAAAAUCUUAAAUUACAUUUGAAUUUUUUUCUGGAUAAUUAUGAAACUUUCAGUUAUAAUAAAUAAAUAUUCAUACAAAAUCGAUAGAAUUAUGUACAAGGUGUUUUUUUGUAUAUUGACACACCACCUACCCUACAGCAUUUACAGGUAGAUGAAAGGUGUAAGUUUUUUUCAAAUGGAAUACGUUAUAUUUGGUUCUAUAUUCUUGAAGAACACACUUUCCCGAUUCCAAAACUAUAUAGUUUGUCUAUAUAUGGUUGAGCCGUCUCCAAUAUAUUUGAUUCUAAAAAUUUAAAAAAUACUAUCAAAGAAACCAAGUACCUACUUCAAAUUUUACCUGCAGCUUUCACCUGUACAAAUAGAAUGGUAAGAUAGUAUUUUUACAAUUUUUGGAGCCAAAUUAUAUGAGAGACUGUUCAAUCAAAUAUAGACAAACUAUAUAUUUUUGGAAUC